GCAGAGGGGAGUGUCUCCUUCUGAUAGGCAGUUCUCCCCUCUCCCUGAGGCUUUUCUAACUGAGUUGCACACAUUUGGUGCCUCGGGCAGAGAAGAACUUGCAGGUCUUUCAUCUCUUCCAGCGGCAGUGAUCUUCUUUGUCCAAAAAGGGAAGGAAACACUUGGAAACAUGGCUGGGAAACCUAAGCUUCAUUACUUUAAUGGAAGAGGUCGAAUGGAAACCAUCAGGUGGUUGUUAUCUGCUGCUGGAAUUGAGUUUGAAGAACAAUUUAUCCAGUCAAAGGCAGAUCUAGAAAAAUUAAAGAAAGAUGGACUUCUGCUCUUCCAGCAAGUGCCCAUGGUGGAAAUAGAUGGGAUGAAGCUGGUGCAGAGCCGAGCCAUUCUCAACUACAUUGCAGAAAAAUACAAUCUUUGUGGGAAGGACAUCAAGCAGAGGGCACUAAUUGAUAUGUACAGUGAAGGCGCUUUUGACUUAUGUGAAAUGAUCAUGAUGUUGCCCUGGAAAUACCCUGAUCUAAAGGAGAGGGAGAAGGAAACAAGUGCGGUCCUUGAGAAAGCCACUGGCAGAUAUUUCCCAGUUUUUGAAAAGGUCCUGAAAGAUCAUGGACAAGAUUUUCUGGUGGGGAAUCAGCUCAGCAGAGCAGAUAUCCAGGUGCUUGAGAGCAUUUUAGCAACAGAAGAGCUGAAGGCUGAUGUCCUCUCCAAGUUUCCUCUUUUAAAGGCUUUUAAAACAAGAAUAAGCAACAUCCCUAACAUUAAGAAAUUUCUUCAGCCUGGUAGUCCAAGGAAAUCACCUCCUGAUGAGAAAACGAUUGCAGAAGCAAUUAAAGUUUUCCACUGAGUUGUUCCGCUCAAGACAGCGGCCAAUCUACUAUUGUAGCUUUGAGCAAAGUGCAGAAAUUCUGAUUUCAAAUGAUUCCAAAGGGGUGCAAUCACAUGACCUAUGUAAAUCAACCUUCCUAAGGCCCCUUCCACACUGCCCAUAUGCUAGGAUCUAAUCCCAGAUUAUCUAUCAGUGAAGACUCCCAUAAUUCAGUUUAAAGCAGAUAAUCUGGGAUCACAUCCUGGGAUAUAGGGCAGUGUAGAAGAGGCCUGAGAAACUGUCAUGAUACGUUGUACUGUUAGGCCAAAUUGAUACGGGCCAGUAAUUUUAAAUCAUUCAAAAGGGCUACAGUCAUACAUGGAUCUGGGUAAAUUCUCAUAAUUGUAUUAGGAAACUAAAUUAAUAACAGAAUUGCAAGACCGACUAAGGAGAAACUGUCAUCAUACUGUGUACCAUUAACAUGAAAUAAAAUAUUUUACACCAUUA